GCUGUGUAGCGGGGGUAUACAUGGGAAGCUGUGGGACUCGGCAUCUCCCAGGUUCCAGUGUCCUGUCUGGGACAAACCCAAUCCAGGGAGCAGAGGCAGGAAUGUGACAUUGUGCCACAGCCUAGGCCCUCAAGCAGCCAAGGCUUGGUGUGGGGAGGGGUGGUGCACCUGAGGGACUGUGGUGGGGUGCAGCAGCCAUACAGGAAGAUGGAGCUGCCCUUAAGGCUCCAACUGGGACCACUGAACCCAACCAGGGCAGUGGGGAGCCACAGUGGCCAGUGGAGCCUUUAAGAGGUGCUGGUGAAUCGGGGAAGAGCACCAUUGUGAAGCAGAUGAAGAUCAUCCAUGAAGAUGGCUACUCGGAAGAGGAAUGUCGGCAGUACCGGGCGGUGGUCUACAGCAACACCAUCCAGUCCAUCAUGGCUAUUGUUAAAGCCAUGGGCAACUUGCAAAUUGACUUUGCCGAUGCCUCCCGCAAUGACGAUGCCAGGCAGCUGUUCGCACUGUCGGCCGCCGCCGAGGAGCAGGGUGUGCUCCCUGAGGACCUGUCGGGCGUCAUCCGGAGGCUCUGGGCUGAUCAAGGAGUGCAGGCCUGCUUUGGCCGCUCACGGGAGUACCAGCUCAACGACUCGGCCGCCUACUACCUGAAUGACCUAGAGCGCAUCGCCCAGAGUGACUACAUCCCCACGCAGCAGGAUGUGUUGAGGACCCGAGUGAAGACCACGGGUAUCGUGGAGACGCAUUUCACCUUCAAGGACCUGCACUUCAAGAUGUUUGAUGUGGGUGGCCAGCGGUCAGAGCGGAAGAAGUGGAUCCAUUGCUUCGAGGGCGUCACAGCCAUCAUCUUCUGCGUAGCCUUGAGUGCCUACGACUUGGUGUUGGCUGAGGACGAGGAGAUGAACCGCAUGCAUGAGAGCAUGAAGUUGUUCGACAGCAUCUGCAACAACAAGUGGUUCACGGACACGUCCAUCAUCCUCUUCCUCAACAAGAAGGACCUGUUUGAGGAGAAGAUCACCCACAGCCACCUAACUAUCUGCUUCCCCGAGUACACAGGGGCCAACAAAUACGAUGAGGCAGCCAGCUACAUCCAGAAUAAGUUUGAGGACCUGAAUAAACGCAAAGACACCAAGGAGAUCUACACGCACUUCACGUGCGCCACCGACACCAAGAACGUGCAGUUCGUAUUUGACGCCGUCACCGACGUCAUCAUCAAGAACAACCUGAAGGACUGCGGCCUCUUCUGAGGGACAGGGCCUG